ACCUACAUUGUGUUUCUUCUCAUGGGUCAAAAGGCUUGGAUAGAGAAGACCUUUUCAAAAAGAGAAUGUAUCUAUAUAAUUGCCAACAACAAAGACAUUACCAGGUGCUGCUGUGGUCAGCUCAUUAACCAACAUAUUCCACCACCUCCAAGUAUAACAGCUAAUAAAAAUGGAGAAGAAACAAAGCAAGUGGAAGCUCAGCCAGAUAAAUGGUCUGUCAGUAAACACACACAAACAUACCCAACUGAUGCCUAUGGAAACCUUGAAUUCCAGGGAGGAGGACACUCAAAUAAGGCCAUGUAUAUCCGUGUGUCGUAUGACACUAAACCAGACUCUCUGCUGCAUCUCAUGGUGAAAGAUUGGCAACUAGAACUACCUAAACUCUUAAUCUCUGUCCAUGGUGGCCUACAGAACUUUGAAAUGCAACCUAAAUUAAAGCAAGUAUUUGGGAAAGGUCUGAUAAAAGCUGCCAUGACCACGGGAGCUUGGAUUUUCACUGGAGGUGUUAGUACAGGUGUCAUUCGUCAUGUGGGAGAUGCCUUGAAAGAUCAUUCUUCCAAAUCCAGAGGACGAAUAUGUGCCAUAGGAAUUGCACCUUGGGGCAUUGUAGAAAACAAGGAAGAUCUGAUAGGAAAAGAUGUAACACGGGUUUACCAAACAAUGUCAAACCCUCUAAGUAAGCUCUCUGUGCUCAACAGUUCCCAUACCCACUUCAUUCUGGCAGACAAUGGUACGCUAGGUAAAUACGGUGCUGAAGUAAAGUUACGACGUCAGUUGGAAAAACACAUUUCCCUCCAGAAAAUUAACACACGACUGGGACAAGGUGUUCCUGUAGUUGGGCUCAUAGUGGAAGGGGGUCCCAACGUGAUCUCCAUUGUUUUAGAGUGCCUACGAGAAGAACCCCCUCUCCCUGUCGUGAUAUGUGAUGGUAGUGGACGAGCAUCUGAUAUUCUCUCAUUUGCACACAAGUAUUCAGAAGAAGGAGGGAUAAUAAGUGAAUCCCUUAGAGACCAGCUUCUAGUGACUAUCCAGAAAACCUUUAACUACAACAGGAAUCAAGCUCACCAGCUGUUUGUGAUCCUUAUGGAGUGCAUGAAAAAAAAAGAACUUAUUACCGUGUUCCGCAUGGGGUCUGAAGGGCAACAGGAUAUUGAGAUGUCUAUUUUGACUGCUCUCCUCAAAGGUACCAAUGCAUCUGCUCCAGACCAGCUCAGCUUGGCUUUGGCCUGGAAUCGUGUAGACAUUGCACGUAGCCAAAUCUUUGUCUUUGGACACCAUUGGCCACCUUUAGGAAGCCUUACAGCUCCUGAUGGUACAGCUCCCGAAAAGGAAAAGAAAUCUCCUGCAGCUCCGACUAAAGCAGCCAGAGGGAAGGGAAAAGGAAAGAAAAAGGGAGGAAAAGGAAAAGAAGAGCCAGAAGAAGAAACAGACCCAAGAAAGCUUGAACUCCUGAACUGGGUGAAUUCCCUAGAGCAGGCUAUGUUGGAUGCACUGGUUCUGGAUCGAGUGGACUUUGUGAAACUACUUAUUGAGAAUGGAGUGAAUAUGCAGCACUUCCUCACUAUUCCUCGACUGGAAGAACUUUAUAAUACUAGAUUGGGUCCACCAAAUACACUGCAUUUGCUAGUCAGAGAUGUGAAAAAGGGAAAUCUUCCACCAGAUUAUCAUAUCAGCCUCAUAGACAUUGGUCUUGUGCUUGAAUAUCUCAUGGGUGGAGCUUAUCGCUGCAACUAUACUCGAAAAAGUUUCCGGACUCUUUAUAAUAAUUUAUUUGGACCAAAGAGGCCAAAAGCUCUUAAACUACUAGGGAUGGAGGAUGAUGAGCCUCCCACCAAAGGGAAAAAGAAGAAGAAGAAAAAGGAGGAGGAGAUCGAUAUUGAUGUGGAUGACCCAGAAGUCAGUCGCUUUCAGUAUCCCUUUCAUGAACUGAUGGUAUGGGCUGUGCUGAUGAAACGGCAAAAGAUGGCACUCUUCCUUUGGCAGCGAGGGGAAGAAACCAUGGCCAAGGCACUUGUGGCCUGUAAACUGUACAAGUCUAUGGCCCAUGAGUCUUCUGAGAGUGAGCUGGUGGAUGACAUCUCUCAGGAUCUGGACAACAACUCAAAAGAUUUUGGCCAGCUGGCAGUUGAACUCUUGGAUCAGUCCUAUAAACAUGAUGAGCAGAUUGCCAUGAAACUACUGACCUAUGAACUGAAAAACUGGAGUAAUUCUACUUGCCUGAAAUUGGCUGUGGCAGCUAAACACAGGGACUUCAUUGCUCACACAUGCAGCCAGAUGCUCUUAACAGAUAUGUGGAUGGGGCGACUACGCAUGCGGAAAAACCCCGGCCUUAAGGUUAUAAUGGGGAUUCUCUUCCCUCCCACCAUCCUUUUCCUAGAGUUUCGGAGUUACGAUGAUUACUCUUACCAGACGUCAAAAGAAAAUGAGGAAGGCAAAGAAAAGGAGGAGGAAAAUGUGGAUGCAAAUGCAGAUACAGGCUCCCGAAAAGGAGAUGAAGAGAAUGGAAAUAAAAAACAAAAGAGCCUUCCAAUUGGAACAAAGAUCUAUGAAUUUUAUAAUGCACCUAUUGUCAAAUUUUGGUUCUACACAAUAUCAUACCUCGGUUACUUGAUGCUAUUUAAUUAUAUCAUCUUGGUGAGGAUGGAACGGUGGCCAUCAGUCCAGGAAUGGAUUGUCAUCUCCUACAUUGUGACACUGGCUUUAGAGAAAAUAAGAGAGAUACUGAUGUCAGAGCCUGGCAAGCUGAGCCAAAAGGUGAAAGUUUGGCUCCAGGAAUACUGGAAUAUUACUGACCUGGUGGCUAUUUCAGUAUUUAUGAUAGGAGCAAUUCUUCGCCUGCAGAACCAGCCUUACAUGGGUUAUGGAAGAGUGAUUUACUGCGUAGAUAUCAUCUUCUGGUACAUUCGAGUACUAGAUAUCUUUGGUGUGAACAAAUACCUGGGACCUUAUGUGAUGAUGAUUGGAAAGAUGAUGAUUGACAUGCUGUACUUUGUGGUGAUCAUGCUUGUGGUUCUAAUGAGUUUUGGAGUAGCCCGCCAAGCUAUCCUGCACCCAGAUGAAGAGCCUUCUUGGCGACUAGCUCGCAACAUCUUCUAUAUGCCCUACUGGAUGAUCUAUGGAGAGGUGUUCGCAGACCAGAUAGACCUCUAUGCCAUGGAAAUUAAUCCUCCUUGUGGGGACAAUCUUUAUGAUGAUGAUGGUAAACGGCUCCCUCCAUGUAUACCAGGGGCUUGGCUCACUCCUGCUAUUAUGGCCUGUUACCUACUGGUAGCAAAUAUCCUGCUGGUAAACCUGCUGAUCGCUGUCUUCAACAAUACUUUCUUUGAGGUAAAGUCAAUAUCCAACCAAGUCUGGAAGUUCCAGCGGUACCAGCUGAUCAUGACUUUCCAUGACAGACCUGUCCUUCCACCACCAAUGAUUAUCUUCAGCCACAUCUAUAUAAUCAUCAAGAGAAUAUGCUGUCGCUGCAGGAAGGGUGAAGGAGACCAGGAUGAGCGUGACAGGGGAUUGAAGUUAUUUCUGAAUGAUGAGGAGCUAAAAAAAUUGUAUGAGUUUGAAGAGCAGUGUGUAGAAGAAUACUUCCAGGAAAAAGAGGAUGAGCAGCAAUCAUCUAAUGAUGAACGCAUCAGAGUUACAUCUGAAAGAGUUGAAAAUAUGUCUAUGAGGCUAGAAGAAGUGAAUGAAAGAGAACAUUUUAUGAAAGCUUCUCUUCAAACAGUUGACCUGCGACUCUCUCAAUUGGAAGAACUAUCUGGUCGGAUGGUGAAUGCUCUUGAGAAGCUGGCAGGUAUUGACAAAUCUGAGCUGACAUACACACGUUCACGGGCUUCGUCAGAGUGUGAUGCUGCAUAUCUCCUAAGGCAAAGCAGUGUUAACAGCUCUGAUGGCUACAGCAUGUACAGAUACCAUGUUGGUGGUGAUGAGUUAACAUACGAUGACAGCACCACUCCUAUGUCACCAGCCAUGGGAUUGCAUAAAAAAGCCCAUUCUAUUAGUACCAAAGAAGACGGAGCAGACCCAAGGAUGCUUGUUCCAGAACACCACACCAGUCUCCAUUAUACCUCUAGUGCUAAUGCAGUCACUGCAGCAGAUUACACUAAAUCUACAUUAGAAAUUGCACAGAAUGUUUCCAGACCCCGUUCUGGUUCAGGUGGUCUGGGUGAUGAAAAACAGAGUGAUGGAAUGGAUCCUCCAAGUAUAAACGAAACAGAUGCUGUUACGAACAGCCAGUCAAUACCCAGAUCAGAUUUUCAGAACACUCAGUUAAAACUAGAACGUACGAAGUUAGAAGCAACCAUUUCUUAUCCUUUGGACAAAUCUAAAGCAAUGCGCUACUUUCCUCCUGAAACAUUCAGUGCUUGUCAAACCACUAUGAUGAAGUCAAGGAGCUUUAUAUUUGCACAGGGUGGGAAGCUGGUUGGAGGAGUUAACAACUGGACCACAGAGUAUAGUACCAUCAUGGAUCAGGUGUGCCCUUCUACAAUUAAACAGUGGGCCACAGAGUGGAAAUACGAAGUCGAGCAGCAGCUUUCUCAAGAACCUCCUCCAGAAUACCCUGGUCUUAUCUCUGAAGCAGAAAGGCAAGCAGAGCAGAAACAGUUACAGGUGGACACAGAUGAUGCCACUAAUAUUGGUGAAGCAGGUAUGAGUGCCUCUUACACCUCUAUGCCUGCCCCUGUCAAUACUGAGAAAGAGAACUUACUAUCAGUGAAGCCAGAAAGGACUUCUGGAUUCCCAUCAGUACGGUCAAAGAGUUUGCACAGCCAUUCUCAGAAAGCCAAAUCUGUAAAGGACAAGUUAAAUAGACCAGGACAUGCCAGCAGCGUAACUAAUUUGGUGGUAGCAUUUGGCAGUGCAACAGAAGAACAGAAAGCUAGACAAGAAAAUGCAUCCACAGAAACGGAAUGUUAA